AUGCCCAAAAAGCACCAGCGGUUUCACGCAAAACCAUCCUCCUCAGCACAUCAUAGCCUUGCACUAUCUGGGUCUCGCCAUGAUGGCGGGUCUGGGUUACAGGGCUCUGCGUCAGCGACAACAGUCAACGACUUGAUCAGUCACCUCCGCCGUACACAGACCCCUAGUGCUUCCUCUGAUGAUCCCCCAAGCUCCCAACGUGCACAGCGCUCGUUUGUAGCUCCGCGGUCAGUCCAUCCAUCUCUUCGAGAUGUACUCGAGCUCCCUGAAACUCCGCCACCGCGACCUCGCCCCGGUCCUCGUCGCACGGUAUUCGGGGUUCGGCCAUCUCGACCAACUGUCGGACCUCCGGCGCCUGCGAGUUGGCUCUCCGGGAAUACCGAUCUGAUGGGAGGCCGGGGAUUGCAUGAUCAGAUUCCGGGAGCCCUAGAAGAGGAAAUCCACCGUCUGUCCCGCCUCCAGGGGCCGCGGUUUCCGGACCGGAGGAGCCUAGUACAUGUGAUGCUGAAAUCCAUGGCAUUGAACUGGUGUUGGCAUGUUGAAUAUGAUGGUCCCUUUUUGUCCCAUCUUCCAAAUCACAUCAAGGAACUGCUACUGAGCUAUGUCGCUGUCUAUGCAAGAGGCUCGCAUCUGGGAGGGUACAUGAAGGGGCUGAAGCCGCUCUUUUUGACCCGGCAGGAUCAGGAUGAAAUUGGCAAGGAGAACCCGGGUUUCAACGAGUCGAGAACUGUUGAUGGCGAUUUCAAAAUCGCGCGAUUGGAUCUGGGAAACGCUCUGGGAAACUGGAUAACUUUGAAGCAGCUCACAAACGAGGUGAUCCUCUCGCAAGCUUCAGCUGUAGGUAUCGCAGGCCACGAAAUAGAGGAGACUGUCCCAGCUUCAUGGGAUGAAGAUAUUCACAACAACAGAGAGGAUGCUAUGCUUGAUCACCUUCCAGCUCCGUCCAUACCCAAGGUCAUUUCCCAGACUCUGCGCUUCCCGGAACUCCGUGCCUUAUCCUUAGCACAUCCAACACGUAACGCUGCAAGCUGGACCGGUCUUCUCAACCUUCUAGCACAUUUGCCAACCCUCACUCAUCUCUCGCUUGCCCAUUGGCCUAUGCCGUGCCGGAAUCCGAGCACUGCCACUACUCGCGCCCGCGGCCCAGUGACCCGGUUCUUGACCCCAGACGCCCUUGACGACGACUGGGCUGAAGCAGCAAGUAUUCUUCGUCAGCUUUCCCGCUCGACCUACUGCCUAAAAUGGCUGGACCUCGAAGGCUGCGGCGAAUGGUUACCAGCCUUGAAGUGGGUUGGCAAAGACCUGGAUGGGUUCCCACAAAACCCUGAUAACGUUGGUCCAGAGUGGAAUAGAUCUUGGAGAUAUGUCGAAUGGCUUGGAAUCGGCCCUGGCUUUUUGGAUUUGACGAAGUCUCACGACUUCUCGCAAACAGGCUCGUCAGAUUCUUCUAUCCAUGCAUAUCACCUUCAAAAUGCGCGUGAUUUGCUGAAACACAUUAGACAGCUAAGGAAGGGGAGGAAAUGGAUCGAAAUCGAGCUCGGGUCAGGGCUAGAAGACGCUGAACCUGAGAUAAUUAGAUUGCUGGAUGGGAAGGAAUUAUCGGUUUAUUUAUGA